AAGGAAUUUUUCCCAAUAUCCAACCUAAACCUUCCCUGGCACAACUUGAGGCCGUUUUUCCCUUGUUCCCUGGGUGCAGAGUCCGACUCCCCCCUGCUCCACCCACCUCUCCGGGGUGUGUGGAGAGCUCAGGUCCCCCCCCCCCCCCGAGCUCGGGCACGGACGGGGGGGUGAUCCCGGGACCCGCCCGGGAUCCCCUGGGAGCGCCCGUUGGGGCGGAGCCUCUUGGAGGCCCCGCCCAGGCCCCGCCCACCCCAUCACCGGUUUGGGGCCAAAACCGCCGGGACGGGACCCGCCGCUGCCGCGGGACCGGAGCACGGGGAGCGGAGCAGAGCCCGCCGAGCAGCCGCGAUGGCCGAGGAGCUCAGUGACCUGCUCAGGGAGUUUGAUGAGGUGAUGGAGGACUUUGACCGAGGCCCUGCAUGUCAGUACCAGCAGCACCUGGAAGAGCUGAAGAGGAAAGUGGGACACAGCGUGUACGACAGCGGCAUCGAUGAGCUGGAGAGUGCCAGCACGUCCCCGGGAAGCAGCCUCAACUCCAGCGAGGAGCACCUCAACACCCCAGCCGACACUUACCCCACCAAAGCUAAGCUCGGUGACACGCAGGAGCUGGAGGAGUUCAUCGCGGACCUGGAUAAAGCCUUGGAGGAGAUGUGAGAUGUGGUUCGGGGUUUGGAGAGGAGGAUCCCCAGCAGCUGAGCCCCCCUGAUGCCUGCCUGAUGCACCCUCUGCUUCUGCACCCACUGCUGGCCUGGGGAUGGCUCCUGGGACCAUGCUGGGGACGGGGACAGGCGCAGGGACAGGCGGUGGGGACGGAUCCGGCCAUGGGACAGUGGUGGCAGGACCCUGCCGGCGCCGAGAGAGGAGAACCCGGGGUGGGCACUGGGCUCUGCCCUGCACGGGGGCUGGUGGCUCCUGGGACUGAGUGGGUUGAGGAGGUCUGUGCCACUGAUGAAACCCUUGGAGACCCCCUGGGUGACUUCGGGGAAGGACAUCAGUGUUACCUUGGUGUCCCCUCCAGAUUGGGAAAGCCUGUUCCCCCGGUGGCAUCUGUCACAGGUGGUGGCAGCCACUGCUGGCCCUUUGCUUUGCAUGGGGACCCCCAAAUCUGGCCCAUCCCUGCCCCCCAAGUGCCUCUGCCCCAGCUGCUGCUGCUGUAAAUACUGUAAAAAGGAUGUUUUGGGCUGUACAGAGAGAAUGUGUUUCUAUAAACAGGAUUUUAAGCCUC